AUGGCGCGGAAAUGGUUCCAGCUCGUGGGCGAAGAUGGGAACGCUGUGACGUCGGUGACUUCUGUUGUCGUGGAUGUUGAGGAUGUGGAAACGUUGCGGGAUGCGGUGAAGGUCAAGUGUCCGAACAAUCUCGCGAACGUUGAUGCGUCCGACCUCACAGUGUUCGACGCGAAUGGUGUGGCUUUGCCCAAGUCAUCGUCAUCAGUGAGUGAACUAGGAAAGGAUGCGAUCAUCGUGCAAGUGCCGCACCGCGCAGUUGAGGAUUCUGACUAUUUUAUCUCCCUCCAUGUACAAGAGCAAGUCGAAACGGCAGUAUUUGUGAUCGUGGAAGAAGACAAAGAUGACAACAGCAUUGGAAUGGGUGUGUUUUUCAGCCCGACGCUAGCGGUGACAUACGACCACAAUUUAACGGAGGAAUACACUGUGGGAAGCGUGGUCCCUUUGGCGUUGAAGGACGAGAUGGCAAAUGUUGAAGUUGUUGCUCGCAAUUCUGAGCUGGACUUCGCGAUCCUGAAGAUCCGGAUCACCUGA